AUGAAGAUGUUCGUCGCUCUACUGUCUAUAAUUCUGGCCGUCGCUGCCCACGGAUCCUACGUUCCAUCGGCUUGGCCCUCCCACUCUCUCGGCUGGAACUCCUGGAAUGGCUGGAACGACUGGAACGGAUUGAACAGCUGGGAUGACCACAGCUCGGUUGCCUGGCCGGCAUAUGGAAACUCGUGGUCAUCGGCAGCGUGGCCAGCGGCUUCCAUCUACAACAAAGGCUGGAAUGGAUGGUACGCACCAAAAACCACCGUCGUUCAGGCCAACGUUGCCCAAGUGAACCCAUGGGGGCUUCCCUGGGGAUCGUACGGACAUGGCUACAACAACUAUUUGGGAGGAGUGCCGACUGCCAAAUACAUCGCUGCUAAUCCAGGAUCGGUUCAUGUUGCUCCCCUUGUUGGUCAUGCCGUCAACCAGAAACUCAUUGUUGCCUAG